UGCCUUCUUCAGUCAAUAGCAGACAACUUUGGAGCGAUAGCAGCACAUCAUAGGAAUUCAGCAACUGAAGACACAGGUUUUUCUUUUAUGGGGUGCAGUAUCAGAGGAAGUGGCAGAGUAUACCUUGGCAGAGCAUGGGGGAACUACUCUAGAAUUAUAUACUCCAAAUGUAAUAUGGAUGACAUUAUUAUUCCUGAAGGGUGGUCAGAUUGGAAUCACUCAGAUAGAAAGAAGACUGCAGUGUUUGGGGAGUAUGAAUGCAAUGGAAAAGGAGCAGAUAGAAGCAACAGGGCAGCUUGGUCAAAAUCAUUCAGCUAUGAUGAAGCAGUGCCUUUCCUGCAGAAGAGUUUCAUACAUGGAGACCAGUGGCUCAGACUAUAGCAUUCCGAUGCAUUAUAUAAUUGAUUAGGUUUUGUACUUGUUAAUUAUCUUACAUAUCGCACAUAUUGAAUGCUUUUUAUGUGUAUGUGUGAUAUGUGAUUAGAGUACGUACAGGCUCCCAUAUGC